UACUCGAAGAUAAACGAUACUCCAACCCCAGUAAUAACAUAGGGAUGGAGUUUGGAAUUUCAAUUAAACUUAUCACUCAGUGAGACAAAUUGUAAAAUAGUGAGAGUUAGUGAGAGCCUAACUAUUUUGGCUGCUUUAACUCUGAAAGUUUUCGUUUGGGUGAUUUCGACUCCGAGACGGUUCGCGGUACAUAGAGAAGCAACUGAGAGGAUAAGGACCCAGCUGUAAUUAAAUUUCAGUUUUCAAACAACUGGAGGAACUGUGACCAGGACACUAACAAAAGCAAAUUUAGUGUAAAAGAAGUGCAGGGACAUUUGCAGUACCAGGACCUCUGCUUACAAAGGUAGUAGCGCUGCAGUAAUGGAAGAAUCCUCGCAAGACUAUGACAAUUACACCUACGAUUAUCUGGAGUAUGGAGACUUGGAAGAAGAAAAGGUCAAAGGUGGAUACUCUCAGAAGGAGGCUAUGCACAUCAUAUCAGUUAUCAUAUAUAGUAUUUCCUUCGUGCUCGGUGUCACUGGAAAUGGAAUAGUCAUAUGGGUGACGGCAUUUAAAAGCAAACGGACAGUGAACAGUAUAUGGUUGCUGAACAUGGCUAUAGCAGAUUUUGUGUUUGUGCUCUUUUUGCCCUUCUCCAUCGACUACGUUCUUCGAGACUUCCACUGGUCCUUUGGGCUGGUCAUGUGUAAACUCAACUCGUUUGUGUCUGUGAUGAACAUGUACGCCAGUGUGCUCUUCCUCAUGAUUCUCAGUCUAGACAGGUAUGUCUCAUUGGUCCACCUUAGCUGGUCUCAGAGGAGUCGCACUAUACGGCGAGCCUGGAUCGUAUGUGGCUGUGUGUGGGGGGUGUCUGCUCUACUGAGCCUCCCUACCCUGAUAUUCCGUGACACUAUGCACAUACAUGGCAGGGUGGUGUGCUUCAACAACUUCAAUGUCCAGGAUGGACAUACAGCUGCUAUGAUACAUAUCACGCUGGUGGCCGUUCGUACAGCAGUGGGCUUCUUACUGCCCUUCAGUGCCAUCUGCGUGACUGGAAUUCUCCUGGCAAUCAAAGUCCACCAGUCUGAAGAUUCUGUGCGCCUAUCCAGCUUCUCUAAAACAGUUUCCGCUGUCAUUCUGGCCUUCUUUUUUUGCUGGGCACCGUUCCAUACCUUUAGUUUAAUGGAGCUUUCGAUGCACUCUUCAAUGUUUCUACAUACUAUUCUGAAGACAGGCUUUCCUCUUGCUACUAGCUUAGCCUUUUUCAACAGCUGUGUUAACCCUCUCCUCUACAUGUUGGUGGGCAAGAAGGUUCGCCAGCUCCUGAAGCGCUCGUGUCUGGACAUCACAAAGAGUUAUCUGCGGGAGCUCAGCCAGUCCAUCUCUGCAACUGAAUCGGUGACUGUAGCAGACAUCAGUCCUUCAGACAUCCCUCCACCAGAGGAGCCCACAGAAUCAUCAACUGUAUGAUUAUAAUGCAGUACUUCCUAAACCCACAGUUACCUGUAAAGCAGAAAUCAACAAGAACUGCUAUUUUACCUUUGAGAGCCAGCCUGACCAUUAUUUUACCAGAUGUGACUUAUUUUAUAUUCUACUUCAGUGUAACAUUUCUGCUAGUUGUUUUAGUUGGAUAUUUCCAAGCAGCAAUUACUCAGAGUGCCAACUUCUGUUGACUGUAAAUUGCCCUCAGUGGAAAACCUGAGUAAAGUCGUGCACUAAAAGUAUUACUUGCACAGGGAAAAAGAGGUAACUUUAAUGAUUUGAAAGAAUAAUCUGAUCCUAAUUACCCCAAAAACAAAUAGGAAAGUGGGCCAACCAUCCCCACAGCCUCUGGAACAGGAAUUAGUAGAAGCAGAUCUACCAUUUUCAUAAACACUUUGUAUUUAGAUUUCGAUCUUUAAACAAAUCCAAGUUUAACCCUGAUGGAAAUGUGCAAAUCUCAGUAGGCCUUCUCUUUCCCUUAGGAAUAUAUUACAUUGAAAAGGUAUGUUUUCCUUUCUAAGCUAAUUUCCUGUUAUAGUGUUCUCUGUUAUUAUACACUAUAAAAAAUGCUGGGUUAAAAACAAAACAAACAUUUGGGUAAAUAUUGGACAGAACACAUGUUGGGUUAUUUUGACCCAGCAAGUUGGGUCACAAACAACCCAUUGUUUUAUUUAAAAGAGAAAGGUUGGGUUGUUGAUGCUCGGUUAUUGAGCUAUGAUCCUCCGGGUCAGACCAGAAGACUGGAGGCUUGACUUAGUAGGGGUGUGGUUUUUAGAUAGUUAUUUUUGGCCACAUGUGAGGGCAAAUGUCAUUCCGGUUAAUCUGUUCUGUUUUCUUGUCAUCACCUGUUAAGGUUGAGCACUAACACUUUUCAAAUCAAGUCAAAUUUUAUGAGUCACAUGCACAGAAUACAACAGGUUAACGUGAAAGGCUUACUUACAAGCCCUUAACUGACAGUGCAGUUCAAGAAAUAGAGUUGAGAAAAUAUUUACUAAAUUAAAUUAAAUAAAAAAAUGAAAAGUAACACAAUAAAAUAACAAUAACAAGGCUAUAUACAAGGGGUACCGGUACCGAGUCAAUGUGCAGGGGUACAGGUUAGUCGAGGUAAUUUGAACAUGUAGGUAGGGGUAAAGUGGCUAUGCAUAGAUAAUAAACAGCGAGUAGCAGCAGUGUAAAACAAAGGGGGGUCAAUGUAAAUAGUCCGGGUGGCCAUUUGAUUAAUUGUUCAGCAGUCUUAUGGCUUGGAGGUAGAAGCUGUUAAGGAUGGCAGGAAGCUUGGCCCCAGUCAUGUACAGGGCCAUACGCACUACCCUCUAUAGCACCUUACGGUUGGAUGUCGAACAGUUACCAUACUAGCCGGUGAUGCCACCGGUCAGGAUGCUCUCGAUGGUGCAGCUGUAGAAAUUUUUGAGGAUCUGGGGACCCAUGCCAAAUCUUUUCAGUCUCCUGCAGGGGAAAAAGUGUUGUCGUGCCCUCUUCACGACUGUCUUGGUGUGUUUGGACCAUGAUAGUUUGCUUGUGAUGUGGACCCCAAGAAGCUUGAAACUCUCGACCUGCUCCACCACAGCCCCGUUGAUGUGAAUGGGGGCGUGUUCUGCCCUCAUUUUCCUGUAGUCCACGAUCAGCUCCUUUGUCUUGCACACGUUGAGGGAGAGGUUGUUGUCCUGGCACUACACUGCUAGGUCUCUGACAUCCUCCCUAUAGGCUGUUCCAUUGUUGUCUAUGAUCAGGCCUACCACUGUUGUGUCGUCCGCAAACUUAAUGAUGGUGUUAGAGCCACCCAGCCGUGCUUGGCCACACAGUCGUUGGUGAACAGGGAGUACAGGAGGGGACUAAGCACGCACUCCAGAGGGGCCCCAGUGUUGAGGAUCAGAGUGGCAGAUGUGUUGUUGCCUACCCUUAUCAUCUGGGGGUGGCCCGUCAGGACAUCCAGGAUCCAUCUACAGAGGGAGGUGUUUAGUCCCAUGGUCCUUAGUUUAGUGAUGAGAUUUGUGGGCACUAUGGUGUUGAUUGCUGAGAUGUAGUCAAUGAACAGCAUUCUCACAUAGGUGUUAUUUUUGUCCAGGUGGGAAAGGGCAGUGUGGAGUGCAAUUGAGAUUGCGCCAUCUGUAGAUCUGUUGGGGCAGUAUGUGAAUUGGAGUGGGUCUAGGGUUUCCGGGGUGAUGUGGUUGAUGUGAGCCAUGACCAGCAUUUCAAAUCACUUCAUGGCUACCGACGUGAGUGCUAUGGGGCGGUAGUCAAUUAGGCAGGUUACCUUCGCCUUCUUGGACACAGGGACUAUUCACUUCCAUGCUGGGUUGACUCAGCAGAUGUCUUUUUAAUGUAAUCCAUAGGUUAUUUUCAAGAGGCAUGGCUUUCAUGAGAGUAAAUGUCAUUCCUGUUCAUCAUGUUAUGUUUGGUACACUUAUAAUAAAGACAUUCCUUUAAUAUUUUUGUACAUUACAUAUUUGAAUAUGAAAUUAAUAACAUUAUUUAACUAUCCAAACAUUGGGAUAUGCAUCAGCACUUGAACAACUUAAUUUAUUAAGCUACAAAAGUGUCACUACUCAACCUGAAGGUAUACACACAAUACAACAGAACAGAUUAACCGGAAUUAUUAUUAUUUUUAAAAACUUUAUUUAACCAGGUAGGCUAGUUGAGAACAAGUUCUCCUUUACAACAUUUACCCUCGUGGGUGGCCAAAAAUAUCUAUAUAAAAUCUACGCCGCUACUAGGCCACGCCUCCAGUUUUCUGAUCUGACCCGGUGUUUUUAACCCAGCAUUUUUUCGAGUGUAUGGCUGGUGUACACAAGAGCCAAAUUCUAUUUGGCCUUUAUUUCCUUCUCAAAUUAUAAUACAUCUAUAAAUGAAUCACUUAUGUUUACAGUACAUUUUCAAAUAGUUUUCACAUUGCUUUCACUGUGUGGGAAUUUGCAAUCUAUGAGGGAAAUUUGAAAUGCAAUUUAUUUGUUAAUUCUAAUAUAUUUGAGUCAAAGGAAUACAAAAUAAAUCCAAUCCCUUAUCUUUA